AAUGGAGUGGCCAUGGUCAGCCAUCGCUUCUCCUUCUUCCUCUAGUUGCUUCUUUACGUCUCCCAACUCUUGCGUGUCUCUUACUACACGAACAAGUUUGAAUUGUGCAAACAAAUCUCCACCUUUGCGACACAGCAGAGUCGACUCAAAGCAUAGUCUGGUUGUCUGCAAACGUCGAAUCUAUGGAGAUUCCAUUGUCCGGAGAAGCACCACAAGCAACAAAAAUGCAGAAAAGACUGAAUCGUCCUCUUCUUCUCCUUCUGUAGAUUGUGUCGGAAUGGGAUCAGACGUGGAGUGCGUUUAUAACGGAGAAGAAGAAGACGAGGAGAAUCAGAGCUCAGGUAUCUUGAGCGGAGGAGAUGGAUCGUUUCUCGAAUGGACGGUUCUGAUUUCACCUUUCUUUUUCUGGGGGACGGCGAUGGUGGCGAUGAAGGAAGUGUUGCCGAUAACCGGUCCUUUCUUCGUGGCUGCGUUCCGGUUAAUUCCCGCCGGUUUGUUGCUGGUUGCGUUUGCGGUUUACAGAGGGAGACCUUUGCCUAAGGGGUUCAAUGCUUGGCUCUCUAUUGCUCUCUUUGCUCUUGUGGACGCUACUUGUUUCCAGGGUUUUCUUGCUCAAGGGUUACAGAGGACUUCUGCUGGUUUAGGAAGUGUUAUAAUUGAUUCACAGCCAUUGACUGUAGCUGUAUUAGCAUCUUUCUUAUUUGGUGAGUCCAUUGGAGUAGUGAGAGCUGGAGGUUUGGUUCUUGGUGUUGCUGGACUUUUGCUUCUUGAGGUUCCAUCAGUUACCUCAGAUGGUAAUAGCUUUUCUUUGUGGGGAAGUGGAGAGUGGUGGAUGCUUCUUGCAGCUCAGAGUAUGGCUAUUGGCACUGUGAUGGUUCGAUGGGUCUCUAAAUACUCGGAUCCAAUCAUGGCAACCGGCUGGCAUAUGGUUAUCGGUGGCCUUCCUCUUCUGGCUAUUUCCGUUAUAAACCAUGACCCGGUAUUUAACGGCAGUCUUCAAGAGCUAUCCACAAAUGAUAUCACAGCACUUCUCUACACAUCCAUAUUUGGCAGUGCGGUUAGCUACGGUGUUUACUUCUACAGCGCUACUAAAGGAAGCCUGACUAAACUCAGCUCACUCACCUUUUUGACACCAAUGUUUGCAUCAAUCUUUGGGUAUUUGUACCUGGAUGAGACUUUUUCCUCGCUGCAACUGGUCGGAGCAGCUGUAACUUUGGUCGCUAUAUACUUGGUCAACUUUCCAGAAGGCAACGAUUGAUAACACACACUCUCAGUUUUCAAAGCUUCUCAUGAAUGUUAAAACAUUACAUUUGUAUAUAUAUAAUAAAGUGAAUAAUCAUAGGCCAGUGUUAAACCUUAAGUCAACGUUUCAUAUUAACAUAGCAAAUGAAGUUGCAGAAUUCGAUACAACAUAAAGCAUAUGAUCUUCUUACAUCAUAUGAAUUACAAUCAGAGAUCAAUCAUAGACCCAAACACAGAGCAGUUGUCCUGCGUGAGAUACCCGGUUAACUUGUCUUAUCGUCCUCCUCCGGUUUAGUUUCCAACCCAGCUAUAUCAUCCAUAUCAGCAACAAGUCUCUCCACAGGCACCUUACUCACAUCCCAUCGCAUCCCUAUGUCUGAAACCAAACGACCAACGCAAUACAUCCCAUAUCCCGCCACAGCCAAACUCCCAAAACCGGCUACAAACCUGAGUGGUGAAGACAUAACAACGCUGGCAGCUGCAACCAUCGUAGCAGCUUGACCACUCCUUCCCACGUCAGUGUUCGCCACCAGCAAACCAGUUUUGCAAUAGAUUGCGAAAUCCUCACAGUUGUUCUUGAAAACAUUGUAAACACCGAAACCAUUUCGCAAGAGGAAGUUUGCACGGUGAAUGACUUCUUC